AUGCCGUGGAGGAGGACACCGGCGGCGUCGGGGGCCCGUCCAGGCGGCCGCUGCGCCACGGGUUGCACCGCGCGUCGCCCUACGGGGGUGCCCCGCCGGUGGCUCCCCAAGGUCCCCGUGGCUUCGAGGAUAUUCCCCACCAUGCCACGCGACCGCGCCGCCUCCGACAAUGAUCAAGAGGUUCAUCGUGAAUCACUGGAAGUUAUUCAGGAAAGACACUCCACACGACCAAACAUCAAUGCUGCAGCCAUUCUACCACCAAGAUCUGUUAGCAAUACGUUCAAUCUGCUUCUGGAAGGUGACAGGAAUCCAAGUCAUGGUAAUGGGCUUGCUGACAUUGAGAACAUAAUCAACCAGAGAUAUUUUUCUAGGGAUGAGACACUACAUCUUAUAGAGAUCAUACGGUCAAGGACUCUUGAUUUUGGUGUUGAAGGCCAGAGACCUCCAGUAUCUACUGCAAAAGGUUUUGAAACAGCAUCAUUUUCAACACCUGCCAAACUGAUUGAGGAUCAGCCAUCUUGGAGGACCGAUGUCGUUCCAUCAUCCAAUGUGCAUGAAAUUGGUUCUUCACCGAUUGAAAUUGCAAAAGCUUAUAUGGAAGCACAGACCUCAGCUUCCGUACAUGAGUACAAAAAACGGAAAUUCAGAGCUUUGAGUCAUGGAGUUGAGGAUGACAAUUUGACAUCAGAAGUUUUCCCUACAAUAACUACUGAUUCUUCUGUAUGCUUGCCUGGUUCAGUUGUUCGAGGUUGCCCCAAUUAUCUUACACCACAAAGUAAUAAAGGAAGGACUCUGCCUCAGCCUCUUUCUCGCACACCAUACAAUAGAUCAGUUUUUCGAAGAUCUAUUAAGACAAUACUAGAGGAUAAACAUGCAUCAACAAGUGGUGGUAUGGUGCAGCCUUCAUCUUCCAGGGGACAGAUAGAUGUUUUUGGUUCUAUUCCAAGAGAAGGUUCUGCCGCAAUGAAGAAUGUUGCAUUCAACUUGCAAGGGUCAGAUGACAAAAGCAUGACAGAAAGUAGAGCAACUUUUGGACGUGCUUCAGGUGUAGAUAAUAUCUCCAGGGGUGCUUCAGUAUCUGUUCAUCCCAAGUCAAGCGAAACAGCUUUCAAAAUACUUAAGCAACUUGACAGAACUAUUCCUUCCCCUACAUCAAAGCCACUAGGGCUGAGACAGACAUUGGCCAAGAGAAAUACUUCUUCUGUUGCCACCAAUGGACAGAUCAAAGGGCCUGAUUUCAGUAUCGGUAAUGGUAGUAAACAGAGCAGCAUUAAUGAGAGUGGCAGUCCUAACUCGGAGACUACAUAUGGAAAGAAGGUUCAGCAACCUCAAAGCCGUCCUAUUGCAGAAGAGUCAAGUGAAAAAGUCCAGAGAAGCGGAGCUAACUCAGAUGUUUCUGAAGCAGGCACUUCUCAGCAGCCUCUGAAAUCAAACUUAACACCCACUUCAGUUGCCGAGGUCUUGGAUAAUAAAAACACUAGGAAAGGUUUCAGCUUCACAUUUCCUAUUCCUAAAGCUCCAAGUUCUCUACUUGAACCGCCACCUACACCAACCAUGGCUUCACCACCAAGGACCCUUCCAAUCACUAAUGAAGAUAUUCCCAAAUUCACCUUUGGCUCAUCAAGUACAGCCAACAAACUCGUUUUCUCCUUCAACUUCACAAGCAGUUCUCUUGGUGCUGGCGCAACAGACCCAACCUUCAAAUUUGGAUCUGAUAAUAAGCGAGAGCUUGUGUUUUGA